GGACCGGCCAUGGGUGUAGUCUAAAGGUAGAUUAAACGCAAAUGAAAGAAGUACCGGGCUUUAGUUGCACGUAGAUAGAUAGAUAGAUUGAUUAAACUUAAUUGGAAUUACCAUCAAUAUACACUGCAUAAUAUAAUCGAACAUAUGUAAGAUCAUUAAUUUAUACUAGUGCUAUUGUAGGCCGGUGUGACUGAUUGAGUACAACAACAUAUACAUACAUAGAUAAUAGAUAUAAUGAUGUCAGUCAAUUGGAGAGGUGGGUGGCGUCCGCAGUAUGAUCAACACCUUCGUCGGCGGUGGCGGUGGCGGCGGCGGUGCUUCGAUAGAGCUGUCGCUUGGCAUUGAGGAAGUCAGUGGCUUUGGCAUCAAUAUCCGGGUCUGCCAUCCAGUCGUAAUAGUAAUCGUCUUCCUCCCUCGCUCGCCGGGCCCUGUUCGCCUUACUCUGCCCUGUCACCUCCUCUCUUUGACUCGUUACCUUCUUCUUUCUCUUCCAUUUCAGCAGCCCAAAGCAACAAAACCCAGACUUCUCUCCCAUUCAAUUCCGAUCUACCUACCUAAAGUAUAUAUCUCUGUCGAUUGAUCUGGGGUAUGUUUUUUUCUUAAGGCCAGG